GGGAGAGAGAGAGAGAGAUGGUGCAUUUUGUUCUGGUACAUGGUCUUGGCCAUGGAGGAUGGUGUUGGUACAAGGUAAAGCCGUUGCUGGAGAGUGCAGGACAUCGAGUGACAGCGAUCGACCUUGCGGCUUCAGGGAUCAACAUGGCUAAAAUAGAUGAGAUCCAUACCAUGUCCGACUAUACACAGCCCUUGAUAGAGUUGAUGGACACACUUCCUCCGGGAGAAAAGGUUAUCCUAGUGGGACACAGCUUGGGUGGUUUCAAUUUGGCUAUUGCCAUGGACAAGUUCCCUCACAAGAUAUCCGCAGCCGUCUUCCUCACAGCUUUAAUGCCCGAUUCUACACAUUCUCCCGCCUACGUCAUGAGUCAGACUCAAGGCUCUGCAGCAGAAGAUUGGUUUGAUACACGCUUUUCGUUUGAUCCAGAACAUUUGAAUCCAAAAAUGACCAUACAUUUUGGCCCCAAGUUAUUGGCAUCCAGGCUUUAUCACCUCUCCUCUCCACAGGAUUUGGCACUAGCAGAGUCAUUGGUAAGGCCUGGAUCCAUGUUUAAAGAAGAUCUAUCAAAAGGAAAGCCAUUCUCCAAAGUUGGAUAUGGCUCAGUUAAUCGAGUUUACAUUGUAUGUAAAGGGGAUCGAGCAAUGACACAGGAUUUCCAGCGUUGGAUAAUUGAAAAUAAUCCAGUUAAAGAGGUGAUGGAGAUUGAGGAUGCUGAUCAUAUGGCUAUGCUGUCAAAACCCGAUGAACUAUGUCGCUGUCUCAUGGACAUUGCCAACAAAUAUAAUUGAUUUGGAACAACGAACAUUGAUUCUUAUUGAUUCUUUCCCAUUUUUAUGAAUAAGGUAAGAGUUGUUAUGUGCAGAAGUAAAUCAAGGGAAAGGAUAUUAAUAUUCGUACAAAGGAAAGUUAUUUGUGUUCAUCUUCUUGUUGAUAUUUGUAUCAUUAAUUUUCUUGGUUUAACUCUCUUUUCUAUUGGAGAUAAGGUACAGAUA